AUGUUUAAUGCGCUUGUUUUGUUAUGUUUGUGCUGGUGGCAUUUGAUUGGUGUGUUUCGCGCCGAGACAAAUGAAACCCAGUCAGUGAUGGAGGGAGAUUCUGUUACUCUAAACACUGAUGUUACUGAAAUACAUGAAGAUGAUGAAAUAAUGUGGAAUUUUGGAGAUGAAAAGUCUCUGAUAGCUCAAAUAAAUAGAGCCUCUAAAAAUUUCUUCACAUAUAAUGAUGAGAGAUUCAGAGACAGACUGAAGCUGGACAAUCAGACUGGAUCUCUGACCAUCACAAACAUCACAACUCAACACGCUGGACUCUAUAAACUACAGAUAAUUGCAGCGAAACUGUCAUCAAAGACAUUCAGUGUUUCUGUCUAUGCUCGUCUGCCCACUCCUUACAUUACCAGAGAUUGUUCACACAAUUUUUCAUCUUCAUCACAGCAGAAUUGUUCAUUGUUGUGUUCAGUGGUGAAUGUGGGUCAUGUGACUCUCUCCUGGUACAAAGGAAACAGUUUAUUGUCCAGCAUCAGUGUGUCUGAUCUCAGCAUCAGUCUCUCUCUACCUCUGGAGGUGGAAUAUCAGGAGAAAAACACCUACAGCUGUGUGCUCAACAAUCCCAUCAACAACCAGACCACACAUCUGGACAUCAGCAAACUCUGUCAGAUUCACUCAGGCUCAGUCUCUCUGAUAGUGUUGAUUUCUGCUGCUGCUGCUGCUGCUGGAUCUCUGUUGAUUGUAGCUGCAGUCAGGAUAUUCUGCAUCUGCUGGAAACACCGAAAAAAUGAUCAUGAAGUUGAGACCCAUGAUGAAGACAUAAUUUAUGCUGAUCCCACUUUUCUCAAAAGAAAAGCAUAUAAAUCGGAGGUUAAAGAGGAAGAUCGUGUGGAGUAUGUACCUAUUGCCAUGAGAUGA